AUGAAGAUUAUUGAAAUGAAUCCAUAUGCAAGAUUUUUCAGAUCGUUGAGGGAAAUAGAGAUAGAUGAAAACACGCAGAUAGUAUUAUCUCAAAAUACUGUUUUAGAUCAACGUGUUUAUAAUGCACCUGUUUCUGAUGAAGUUGUUGUAGUAUGGCCAUAUGGUGCGUCUUCAAGUCAAAUUAGCACUCCACAUAUUAUUGUGCAUGGAAAGUCUGCCCAAACUCAUCGGAUUUGUCAUUAUAAUGGGUGCUAUGAUCCAUUACAAUACCCGUUAUUAUUCCCUUUUGGUGAAUGUGGAUGGACUCAGAAUCUUAAGAAGCGAAAUGUUGGUGGGAAAAACCAUACAAAACAGGUUCCAGAUCCUAUUAAUUCCUGUGCAGUUCAUACCGUGCAAAAUUUCUUAGAUGAACAAGAAUCACGGACCGUUAAACACAGGACAAGAGCUGAUAAGUAUAUAUCUCCAAGAGAAUACUAUGCCUACAUAUUACAAAUGAGGCCUACAAAUAUGCUCUUUAGAAGUGGAAGAUGUUUUCAACAAUUUGUUGUGGACAUGUAUGUGAAGAUCAAGAAUUCAAGGUUCGAUUAUUUGCGGAACAAUCAAGAUAUCAUUAGAUCUGAUCUUUAUCAGGGUAUUCUUGAUAGUGUGACAGGUGGAGAGACAGAUGCUUUGAAGAUUGGACAUCUUGUUGUUUUACCUCCAUCAUUCAUUGGGUGUCCUAGAGAUCUAAAACGCCAGUAUCUAAAUGCAAUGGCAUUAGUUCAAAGAUAUGGGAAACCGGAUUUGUUUAUUACUAUGACAUGUAAUGCAAAUUGGCCCGAAAUAAAGUGUGAUUUACAACCUGGAGAGAAAGCUCAGGAUUGGCCAGAUAUAGUGGCCCGUAUAUUUCGUGCAAAAUUAUUGGCGUUAAAAAAACAAAUUAAAAAGGAAAGAAUUUUUGGUGAAGUGGCAGCAAUGAUUUAUAUAAGAGGGCCAUCAGAGUAUGAUAAGUUUGUUUGUGCUGAAAUCCCAUCAUUUGAUAAUCCUCGUCUUCGUAAAGUUGUCUUGACUCAUAUGAUGCAUGGGCCUUGCGGGAAGUUGAAUCCUAAGUGUCCUUGUAUUAAAAUGGAUGGGAAAAAAAUGGUAUGCAAAAAUGGAUAUCCAAAAGAUUACAAUUCAGAAACAGCAAACAACAAAGAUGGAUAUCCUAUAUAUAGGAGAAGACAAACGGGUGAAAAAGUCUGUUCAACUAUCAAAGCAGUAAAAUAUUUAUACAAAUAUGUUUAUAAAGGGCAUGACCGAAUAUCAUUCAAGAUAUCUGCUACAAAUGAUGAAAAAAUUGAUGAAAUAGAACAAUUUCAAUCUGGCAGGUGGGUAUCUCCGUGUGAAGGAAUAUGGCGAAUAUUUGGUUUUGAUUUAUAUGAAAUUUUUCCUCCUGUUAUGCCAAUACCAGUGCAUCUUCCAAACAUGCAAUCCAUUGCUGUAAGACCAUUUGAAAAUCUUAGACGGGUUGUUAGAGAUCCUAAGCGCGCACGUACACCUUUGACGGAAUACUUUGCAAUGAAUGCGACAAUUGAUGGUGGCGUUAACCUUUUAUACAAUGAUUUUCCAGAACACUACACAUGGAAUUCAAGUGUGAAAGAAUGGAAAGACCGAAAAAACGCACUCACUGUUGUUGGUAGGAUAUCAUUUGUCUUGCCUGCCGAAGGUGAACGUUAUUAUCUUCGACUAUUAUUGCUUAAUGUACGAAACUCAACUUCGUUUACAGACUUACGUACGGUUGACAAUUAUGUUUGUGCUACAUUCCAAGAGACUGCUAAACGGCUUGGUCUUUUGGAAGAUGAUGAUGCUGCAUCCAUUUGCCUAACUAAAGCUGCAGAGAUACAGUUACCGUGUGCUUUGAGACGACUGUUUGCAACAAUACUGAUAUUUUGCCAGCCGAGUGAUCCAGCUUCUUUAUGGGAAAAAUAUUAUACAUCAUUGUCGGAAGAUUACAGGUACCAAUUUAAAGAUUGUCCCGGAAAAGUGAAACAACUAACUGUUAGUUUAUUAGAGCAACAUCUUGAAUCAAUGGGUAAAUCACUGAAAACAUUUGGGUUGGAUCAUCUGAGCUAUAAUGUCAGUGACGAGUUUAGGAAAACGAGAGAUAUAGCAGAUGCUUUAAAUACACCUAUUCCUAAAGAAUAUAUAAACUCAAGAGCAAGGUUGAAUGCAGCUCAAUUGAAAGCAUUUGAUGUCAUAAUGAAUCACGUCAAUGAGGGAAAAGGAGGUGCUUUUUUUAUUGAUGGACCAGGUGGCACGGGUAAGACAUUUUUAUACAAUUGUUUAUAUGCAGAAAUUCGAAUGAUGAAUAAAAUUGUGCUGCCCACUACGUCAUCUGGAAUAGCCGCAUCAAAUCUACCUUCAGGAAGAACAACUCAUUCAAGAUUUAAAAUACCUGUUGAUCAUGAGAGUUGUUUUACGUGUGAUGUGCCAAAACAAGGUAGUUUAGCACAAUUAUUAAAAGAGACAACUUUGAUUAUCUGGGAUGAGGCUUCUAUGGCGAAUAAGGUGAAUUUACAGGCACUUGAUUUGCUGUUGCAAGAUAUAUGUGAAAUUACAACACUUUUUGGUGGUAAGCUUAUCAUUUUCGGUGGAGAUUUUAGGCAGGUUUUACCAGUUGUACCCCAAAAGUCCUUAAUUCAGGCUGUUGAAUCGAGCAUUGUUGCUUCAUAUAUCUGGCCAUCUUUGAAAAGAUUCAAGUUAACGGAAAAUCAGCGAGCUCGUGAAGAUCCAACAUUUUGUGCGUUUUUGUUGUCUCUUGGUAAUGGUGAAUUACAAACAAAUGAGUGUGGAUAUGUAGAACUUCUUGAUGGAAUGAUACAUCAUUUAGAGAUUGAAAAGGACCCCAUUUUGGAGAUUAUAAAAGCUACUUUCCUAGAAGUUGAGAAAGGAACGAUUACAUCAGAUAUCUUUGCAGAUAGAGCAAUUUUAACUCCGAUGAAUGAUGAUGUGGAUAUGGUAAAUUCAGUUUUGAUUGAGCAGUUCCCAGGAAAUAAAGUGAUUUAUAAGAGUUUUGAUGCAAUGCUCAAUGAUACUUGCAAUAUCUAUCCAUCAGAGUUUGUAAAUAAGCUUUGUCCAGGAGGAAUGAGUCCCCAUGAGCUUGUUCUUAAAAAGGAUUGUCCUGUGAUUUUUUUACGUAAUAUAAUGCCUUCGGAUGGUCUCUGUAAUGGGACAAGAUUGAUUUGCAAGAUUUUUCAGCCCAACGUUAUUGUCUGUGAAAUUUCUAUUGGUCAAUAUAAAGGAAAAACUGUUUUUUUUGCAUCGAGCAACUUUACGCCCUCCAACAAAUAG